AUGCCGCCGGGCGGCGCCGCCUCCUCCGGGCCCCCCCAAAGCAACCGGGACCCCCCGAACCCCCGGACCCCCGAACCCCCGAACCCCCGGGAGCCCCCGAACCCCCGGACCCCCGAACCCCCGAACCCCCGAACCCCCGGAGCCCCGGACCCCGAACCCCCGAACCCCCGGACCCCCGAACCCCGGACCCCCGACCCCCGGACCCCCGGACCCCCGGACCCCCGGACCCCCGGACCCCCCGAACCCCCGAACCCCCGAACCCCCGGACCCCCGGAGCCCCGGGCCCCGAAGCCCCCGGACCCCCGGACCCCCGACCCCCGGACCCCGAACCCCCGAACCCCGAACCCCCGACCCCCGGACCCCGAAGCCCCCGAACCCCCGGAGCCCCCGGACCCCGAACCCCCGAACCCCCGAACCCCCGGAGCCGCUCGCACGAGCGCCCGGCGCGCCGUGUCCCCCCCAUCCCGCCCGCCCGCCGCUCCCGGGGGCUCUCCCCGCCGCUUUUCGGGGCUUCCUGCCGCUUUUAGAGACUUCCCCCCGCUUUUAGGGGCUUCUUCCCGGCUCGUCCCGGCGGCGGGGGACGCGGGGAGAGCGGCGGCUGCGCGCCGGUGGAGCUUUGUGUUGUUCUUGGAAAGUUUCGCACCACUUGUGAAUUCCCUGAACCUUGGCCUUGCCAGCCCCCUUGUGUUGGGCCCUCCUCCUUUUCAGCUUGCCCAAAUUAAGACCCACUUGGCUCUCCAGCACUUGGCUGCCAGCGGCGGGCGGGCGCCUCCCCACGCUGGCGUCCGCCAGGCAUUGCUGAAAGACGCAAUGUUUAGCCCCAGAGGAACCUUGCCCCCGAGGCCCAGAGGACCCAACCCGGCGGGCACCAAAGCCCCGGCGGCUUUCGGGGCCGGAGGCGCGGCGGGGCCACCCAGGAAAGCUGCGCCCGCGACGCCCCAAGGAGCGCCCCAGAGGUUCUCGGGGCAGGAGUGGACGGGGUCGCAGAGGAUCAACGUCCGCGUCACGCUGCACAGGGCCGAUCCCAGGAAAGUCAAGGAGAAGAGCGGCCUGCACCAGGAGCAGAAGGGAGACCCCCGUGCCACUCGCUGGGAUGGCGGCCCCUGCCCCGUCGGCACCGCUGGGCCGAAGCCACCCGGCCCGGCGCCGGUCUUGGAGCAGAACUCCAACCCUCAGAACCGCUACACGCCUGAAAGCGCCUCCAGCAUUUUAGCGAGCUUCGGGCUGUCCAACGAAGACCUGGAGGAGCUGAGCCGCUACCCCGAUGACCAGCUGACGCCCGAGAACAUGCCGCGGAUCCUGCGGGAGAUCCGCAUCCGGAAGAUGGGCCACGCCGUGCCCGGCCUGCACGCGCCGAGCCGGGGGGAGGAGCCGGUGGGCGAGAGCAGCGGCACCGCCGUCAAGAGCAAAGUGAUCGACUACGGCCACGCCAGCAAGUACGGCUACACCGAGGACCCGCUGGAGAUCCGCACCUACAACCCCGAGGCGCUGCCCGAGGAGCCGCUGGAAGCGCGCGUCUUCAAUCCCGAGAGCUCGAGCGCGGAGAACCGGGAAGAAUUCCAGCGGGAGCAGAACGUGCCGGUGGCCGUCCCGCCGCCCAGCGUGCCCAACAUGCCCAGCGUGCCCAACGUGCCCAACGUGCCGUGCAACCCUGUGUUCCCGGCCGAAGACCUCAUCAAGCUGCCGGCCUUCCCCGCCGAGUCCUCGCCCGCUCCGUCGUUUUUCCCGGCCGAGCCGCCGGCCAAGGUGCCGGUGCUGUGCGGUGCCGCGCCCGCCGCUGCCGGUGGUGAAGCCGGCGUCCCAGCCGCCCAUACGCCGGUGCUGCCGCCCAUCCUGCCGGCGCUGCUGCCCACGCCGCUGCCGCAGCCCAUGCUGCCCCCGGUGAUGCCGCCGCUGGUCCAGCCGCCCGUGUCCCAGCACGUGUUGCCGCCCUUGACGCCGCCGCCCUUCUCGGGGCUCCUGGCCGCCAUCAGCCAGCACGAGCAGAAGCAGCGCGACGCCGGCAGCGCCCAUCCCGGGCCCAGCGCCCAUCCCGGGCCCAGCGCCCAUCCCGGCCCCAGCGGCGCCGGCGGGGCCUCGGCGGGACACAAACCCUACCACAAACCCUACCACCCGCCGGCGCACGAGCCCAUCAAAUCGCCGUUCGGGGUGGUGAAGGCGUCCUGGCUGCCCGUGUUCCCGGAGCAGAAGAGCAAACGCCUGCCCACCCCGUCCAUGAUGAACGACUACUAUGCCACGUCGCCGCGAAUAUUCCCACAUUUGUGUUCUCUGUGUAACCUUGAAUGCACUCAUAUGAAGGACUGGAUCCUGCACCAGAACAACCCCGAGCACCUCGAGAGCUGCCGCAGGCUGCGCCAACAAUAUCCCGAGUGGAAUCCUGAGGCUCACUCCUCCAGCAGACAUGGCGCAGAGCGCAAGGAGAACCGCACCCCUCGCCGCCGCUCGCUCUCUCCGCUCAGCCCGUCCCGCCGCCACUACCGCCUUCCUCCUCCUCCUCCUCCUCCUCCUCUUCCUCCUGCGCCCGGCUCCGCGCGCCGCCGCUGCCGCUCGCGCUCCCGCAGCCCCGCCGGCCGCGCGCGCCGCCCGCGUUCCCGCAGCCCGCGCGGGGCGCACCUCCCGCGGCCCCGCUCGCGGUCACGGUCGCGGUCGCGGUCACGGCCGCGGAGCCUGGCCAGGGGCAGCCCCCGGCCCCGGCGCUCCGACAGCCGCGCCAGCCGCUCCUGCGAAGCCCGCCAGGCGGCGCUCGAGGCCGCGCUGCGCUCCCUGGGCCCCGCUUUCCUGGCCGAGUUCCAGCGCCGCCGCUCCGCGCAUGCGCACGACUCGCCUCGCCGUGCCGCCCGCAGAGCUCCGAGGGUUCCGCGCGCCGAGGCCGGGGCCGGGGGCGGGGCCGGGCCAAGCUCCGCCCCCGAGGCCGCCAAAAGGGAACGGGCCGGGGAGGGGAGGAGGAGGAGGAGACCGGGAAGAGCCAGCCCUACAACCGGGUGCGUCACCGGGUUUGGGCUGCUGCGCGAGGAGCUGCUGAGCUGCGACACGGUGCUGCAGCUCUCGGAGCUGCCCGACUCGGGCUUCUCCGACCAGGACAUCAAGCGGCUGGUGCAGCCCUUCGGCAAGGUCAGCGACCUCAUCGUGCUGCGCUCCCGCAACGAGGCGUACCUGGAGAUGAACUACAAGGAGGCCGUGAUCGCCGCCGUCAAGUUCGGGGAGACGGCGCCGCUGCUGCUCAACGGGAAACGCGUGCGGGUCAGCGUGGCCGAGAGAGAGCAGGCGAAAAAACCGGUGAAGAAACGAGUCCUGAACCCCAAAAAAACUCCAGCAAGCACCAAGAAAGUCCCGAGCACCAACAGCAAGAGCCCCAAAGUCCUGACAGGGAAAAAAGAAAAAGUGAAGAAAGCAGGGGGAGAGAAGAAAGUGAAGAAAACUUCGAAUGUGGGAGGAAAAGAGGCCGGGCAAGAUUCCGGGGCUGCGGCCUCGGCCGCGCUGGAAAUUCCGGAAUCCUCCGAUCCCAACGAUCCCCAAAUUCCCCAAAUUCCCCAAAUUGCCCAAAUUGCCCAAAUUGCCAAAAGCUCCGCAGAGCCCGAGGGAGCAGAGGAGGCCGGGACAGCCGCAGAGGCGGGGCCGGAGCCUGCGGUGAGCGAGGAAGGCGCCGAUCCCGGCAGGAAGGAUGCCCCCGAGCAGAGCUGCGUGCUGCUGCUGUCCAACCUGCCGCCCGGGGGCUCCUCUCCGGCCGAGCUCUGCAGCCUGGCCGAGCCCUUCGGGGGCCUGCGGGACCUGCUCGUCCUCUCCUCCCACAAACAGGAAGCGAUUUUCAUCUCUCUCAUCAAGGAGUCUGAUCCCAAGGCCGACGCUGCCUCUCUGCGCUCUCACCUGGUGCACCUGGGGAACCUCCCGCCCGACGGCUACCGGGAGCUGGAGCUGGUGUGCGCGGGGCUGCGCUUCCGCAAGGUGGAGCACUACGCCGUGCUCAGCAACCGGCAGCGGGCCAUCCUGCACCUGGACAGCCCCAAAUCCGCGCGCUCCAUGCACAGCUUCCUGCAGCAGUAUCCUUAUUCCAUAGGAGAACACACGCUCACCUGCUCCUUGUCCUCCCACGGAGACAUUCCCGAGGCUGAAACCGGGAAAAAGGAAGUGAAGAGAGAGGACGGGAGCAAAGGAAGCUCUGGCUUGAAAAAAAUCCCAGAGGGAACAGGAACGGUGCAAAAACCAGCUGGGAAUCCAUCGGGAGAGGCCAGGAAAGGCCAAAUUCCCACCCCAAAUGUCCCAGAGGAGAUUCCAGCGGGACAACUGGAGAUCCCCGAGUCGCAGGCAGGAGGAGCAGCGAGGGAAUCACCCGCGGGGAUGGACGUGGAGGGGUUGGAUCCUGGAAUUCCCGUGGAUCCUGCUGGCAGCAAAUCACCAGGAGAGAGGUCGGAGGAGAAACCGGCGCCGCUUUCCGGAGCGGGGAUGGAAAAAUCUCAGGAUGAGCCGGAGCUGGAAAUCCCAAAGGAGGAUGAGGAGCCCUCUGCUCCCGCCGUGGAAGCUCUGGAAUCAUCCAGCAAGGCCGUCCCAGUGGCCGGAGGAACGCCAGGAGCCGUGCCUGGAAUGUCCCCGAGCUCGGAGGAGGCUCCCGCGGUGUCACCCGGUGUCACCCAGCCCAGCACGGAGCCGGCUGCUCCGGAAAAAACUCGCGUUCCCGAGGCGGGGAAAAGCAGCCGUGAAACGUCCACGGAGAGGAAAACUGUGCCGAAAACUCUGGAUGCUCCAGGGAAAAAAUUGGAUGUGGCCGGAGCAGAGAGAGAGGCGACGGCGGAGGAAUCCGUGCUGCAAAUCGGGGAAAAUCCGGGAAAAACGUCAUCCAAGGCUGGGACAGAACCGGAGAAAACACCGGGAAAAACAUCAUCCAAGGGUGGGGAAAACUCUGGGAAUGCUGUUGGUGAGAUGCAUGGGGGAAGUUCGGUUAAAAUCCCACAAAACAAAGGGACGGGAGCUGCAAAAUCUGAAGAAAACCGCGUGGCAGCUCCGGUAAAUCCCGCUGCAUCCCUGAAGGAAUCUUGCAUCGAGAAAACCCUUCUGAAGGCAGUGGUGUCCGUCCCGGACAUCCUGAAGCAGAGAAUUCCCGUCAGGAUCACCGAGCCUUCCCUGGGAAGACCUGGAGAGCAGAAAAUCCCCCCCAAGGCGGGGCUGGAGAAGAAAAUCCCACCCAAAACCGCGGCUCAGCCAGGAGCUGGGAGCUGCCAAUGGAAAGGGAAUGGAAAUUCCGGAGUGGACGCACAGGGAGACGGCGGGAAGAGCUCAGUCCAGCAGGAAAAGGAUUCCCAGCUGGAAUCUCGGGCGAGUCCAAAGCAGAGCCAGCAGGGAGAGAGCGGGACGUCUGGCACGAAGGAAAAUCCCAGCGGGAAUCAGGCUCCUGGUGGGGGCGGUGCUGCAGCUUUGAAAAGCAGCGCCGGCAGCGCUGGAAAACAGAAGGAGGAUGAGGAGCUCUUCCCGUUUAACCUGAACGAGUUCAUCACGGUGGACAAGGAUGAAGAGCUCUUCCUGUUUAACCUGGAUGAGUUCGUCACGGUGGACAAGGAUGAAGAGCUCUUCCCGUUUAACCUGGACGAGUUUGUCACGGUGGACGAGGAUGAGGAGCUCUUCCCGUUUAACCUGGACGAGUUCGCCCAGUCCGCGUGGCGGCCGCCGGAGGAAACGAAGUCUUCGGUGACCAAGCGGACCCCCGAGGGGAAGAGAAAAGAAGCCCCCAAAGCCAACCCUUCGGAGCUGGCGCCCAAGAAGAGGAAAGGGAAGAGUUGCGGAGCCGAAGGUGAGCUGUCCUUUGUCACCUUGGAUGAGAUCGGGGAGGAGGAGGAGGAGGACGCCCCGGUGCCGCUGCCGGGCGUCGACCCCCAGGGCCUGGUGGUGGUGGAUGAGGUGGUGGAAGAGGAGGAGCUGUCGGAAGCGGUGAAGGAUCCGCAGGCGCUGCUGACGCUGGAUGAGAUCUCGGAGCAGGAGGAGCCGGGCUCCCACGGGAACGGGCCCCGGGCGGAAUUCGAGGAGCGGGAUCUGAAGGCCGAGCCCUUGGUGACCGUGGAUGAGAUUGGGGAGGUGGAGGAGCUGCUCCUCAACGAGCCCGCGGAGCUGAGCGCCGCCGAAGAGGGGAAAGCCAAUCCCGGGGAUGGCGCGGCCUCCCAGGUGCCCGACGAUCCCAACGCCUUGGUGACCGUGGAUGAGAUCCAGGAGGACAACGAGGACAACCCCCUGGUGACUCUGGAUGAGGUUAACGAGGAUGAGGAUGAUUUCCUGGCUGACUUCAAUCACCUCAAAGAGGAACUAAACUUUGUUACAGUCGACGAAGUCGGCGAUGAAGAAGAAGAAAGCACUUUCCCAGGGAAGAACCUGCCCGAGGAUGAAGAUGACGAAGAUAUUGUUGCUGUUGCAGGACCAGAAGAAAUAGGAAUUCUAGGAGAUACAAAUCCAGAGGAUGAAAUGGCUGAAAUCUCCAAGCCAAAAGCAGCUCAGCUGGGAUCAGAAGAUGCAGAACCAAAGCCUCAGCAGAAGAAAACGCCUUUUCCAGGUGUCCCCAAGACGCAGAGCACUCCCAAAGCUCUGGACAUCCUGGUCCCAAAGGCCGGAUUCUUCUGCCAGAUCUGCUCCCUCUUCUACGCCGACGAACCCUCCAUGAUCAACCACUGCAGGACCCCCCUGCACCGGCAGAACAUGGAGAAAUUCAUGGCCAAGCAGCAGGAAAGCGGCGGGGAGGAGCCGAGCUCCAGGUGAUGGAGCUCCCCAGGAGCCACGCUUCGGGGCCAGUCAGUUCUGUGUGUUUGGAUUUCCUUUGUCAUUUGGGGUCGGGAAGGAGCAUCCACGGUGUAAAGAAUCGGAGCUGGGAACAGACCAACAGACCAAACCCAAAGCAGGAGAGGGUUGGAAUUGUGUCUCCGAUCAUCCGACGCGGGAGAGACUGUUCCAGGUGUCUCCAGGAAAUAAAUGUUCUUACUGUAUAGU